AUGGGAGUGCUCAACUUAGACUUAGUUAUAUUUGGUUCUCUUAUAUUUAUUUAUAAUAGAAUUAAAUAGAUAAAACCAGACAUGCUCUUUUUAGCCAAAGGAACCGCUGUAUUUCUUCCUCCUGAUGAGAAGGAUGUGAAAGAUACAAGAAAAGAAUAGGAAAAAAACUCUAAGAAAGGAGGAAAAGUUCCUUUAAUGCCAAUUAAGAUGAUUAAAGCUACUUAUGAUUUCUUCAGCAAAUACAAAUUCAGUGUUGAACUCGAUAUCGUAAUUAUGCUCUUAAUAUGCUUAGUUGGAUAAAUUACUAUUUCUGAAAUAUUGAGAAUGACUAUCUUAAAGAAACUAGAAAUUGAAAAAAAUGAUUUGAACUUCGGAUUUGCUUUGGGAUUAAGUAUAUUAUUGCUUACUAUAGCUUAUCUUUGCAAAUCUGUUAAAAUUGCAGGUUGGAAGAGUACAGAUGUUAAGACAGCUUUCUGGAUUGCUGUUUUAACUUGUUUGGUUGUACUUGCUGUUUUCAUCGGAAUUAAGGAUGUAAUUCCUGUUGAUUUUAACAAAGCCUACUUGAGCCAAAGCAAACAUUUAGAUUUUGUUUUAUCACCUGAAACAUAAACCACAGGAGCUGUUUAAAACUCUCAACUCAGUAUUUUAAUUUUUAGACUAGGUUGUGUCUUCUUAAUUGGUGUAAUAACUUUUUCUAUAAGCCCUACAAUCAUACGUUUCACUAAUUGCUACUCUUGGAAUCUUUCAUAGUAAGCAGAGUUGUUACAAAAAGAAGAAGAAAAAGCUGAAAAGGAAGCAGAGUUAAAAAAUUCUAAAAAGAAUGAUAAUCCUUUUGAAAAUGUUAUUGAAGAUAGAGAAGAAAAUCUUGAACAAGGAGUUCAAAAGUAAUCAAAUCUCACUUUAUAAGAUCACAAAAAAAAUAUGACUAUCUUCAAUAUCUCACUUGUAAUAAAUUUGAUUACAGUCGUACUUUGGAUUACUCCAGUAAUUGAUGCUCUCGAAAGCAAUUUUGGAAAAGAGUUUACUUAAUAUCUUCCUCUCAUUCGUUAUUUAUUGAUUUUUGUUUAAACAGGAUUGCUUCUCCUUACCAUUAAGUAUUAAGUUUAAGUAUUUAUGUUCAAAAGUUUUUACUACCUUAAGACUCUAAGCACUGACAGUAGUGAAAUUAACUAUUAGGCUGUUAAGGUAAAAACUUCUGCAUACAUUUAGAGUUUAAUUUAUGUAACAUUCUAAAUAUUUGUUACUAUAAUAAUUCCUGCUGUUCUCUCUGGUCUUUUAUUGUAUAAAGUUUACAUUUGUCCUAACAACAACAUACCUACCUAGUCUGCUGAAACACAAUAAGCUCAAGAUUAGGCAUAAGCUGAUUCUGGCGAUUUUGUUUCAAUUCAUACAGCUAAUAUGAAAAAAGUCUAUGGAAAUAUCAAAGAGUAUAGCUUAUUUAACAACUAUUUUAUUGAAACGAUUCUUACAUUCUUCCUUUUUAAUAUUUAAUUAAUUUAAUAUGCAUUAAAAAUUAUUUUCAUUAUUGUUUCAAGAUAAAAUAAAGGAGUCUGA